AUGGACGAAGAUCAAGCAAACGCGUUUGAAUUGGUAAAAAACGGACACAACGUGAUAAUCACGGGCCAAGCUGGAUCUGGUAAAACAUAUUUAGUGAAACAUAUUGUGAAAUAUUCAAGAAAAUGCCACAAAAACGUGUCAAUUGUUUGUUCCACUGGGAUAGCAGCCACACAUUAUGGCGAUCUGGGUGCACAGACAUUACACAAAUGGUCAGGUAUUGAAGACGGGAGACAUUUAAAUGAGGAAAUUGCACAUUUGGUGAAAACGGAUGAAAGAUUCAUGAAAGCAAAACAAAAUAUAGAAACUGUUGAUGUGUUAAUAAUUGAUGAAGUGUCUAUGGUUAGUGCCAAAGUACUGAACCAGGUUCAAUUUCAUUGCAAACAUGUCAGAAACUCUAAGGAAGUAUUCGGCCAAAUUCAAGUUGUUUUGGUGGGCGAUUUUUAUCAACUCCCCCCAGUUGCAAACCAGUUACAUGGUGAUUCUGGCAAGCCAUGCUUCCUUCUGCCUUGGUUUGAUGACUUUUUCCCCCACAAAGUAGUCUUAAAUGAAAUUCACAGACAGGAGGACACAACCCUCAUCCAGUGCAUUAAUGAACUAGAAAUAGGGCAUCCCUCGGAUGACACUGUUGCCUUCCUCAAGUCAUUGGAUCGGCCUCUGGCAAAUGAAAUGGACUGCAUACAGCUGUUUGCAAGAAACUUAGACGUUGAUUUGUUCAAUUUUGAAAAACUGAACCAGCUAGAUGGUGAACUGAAAAGAUAUAAGGCCACCGAUGAAGGUAGUGAAUACUACCUGGGCAAGUUUUUGGCGCCAAGGAAUUUAGCACUUAAAGUUGGAUGUCCAGUGAUGCUUGUGCAAAAUCGAAGUGACGAGCUUGUGAAUGGACUACGUGGCAUUGUAACAAAACUGUUAUCAGAUUCUGUGGAGGUAAAAUUCGCGAUGGAAAAAAAGACAAUUACAACAAAUAUUGGAAGGACUACUUUUACCACUUUUGAUCCUGUGAAAAAAUUAUUAGUUGCCAAAAGAGCCCAACUUCCGUUGAAGCUUGCCUACGCAAUGACAGUACAUAAAUCGCAGGGCAUGAGUUUAGAGAAUGUGGUUGUAAAUUGCCAAAAUUGUUUUCAGGCAGGACAGUUGGGUGUGGCUGUGGGGCGUGCGGUUUCAGUUGAUGGUCUGAAAGUUGUGAACUUCAAAAAGUCACUAUGUAAGCAACAUCCUGUUCACGUGAAACAAUUUCAUCAAAAUAUUUCUGUUGGUGACGUCAGAGCUGAUUUGACAUGUUGUAAACAACAAAUUCAACAAGAUCUACCAUCAGAAGACAAAAAUGAUGAGCCUUCAGAUACAAACAUGCACGACUCAGAUUUUUCUGACAGUGAAAUUGAACACUUGACUUUUCUAGACAAUUUCAUUGAAACUAACAUUCUUACAGCUGAAGAGUCUCUAUCUCCAUCAAAAGUCGCGUUGGAUUCGGUUCUCAAAGAAUUCCUGGACACACCUACAGAAGAAAGAAUGUUAUCCUUCAAACAAAAACUUCUUUGUGAUUUCCAGAAAUAUGAUGAUUGGUUCAAAGUUCAAUUUUCAAUGGUCGAGGAUUUCGGAUUGAACUGUUUCCCAGAGGAUGUAGCAAAAUUUUCACAAAAACACAGAAAUGAUUAUUUCAAGAAAUUUCACAAAUACGUCAACUCUGUGGAGUAUGAAAGCAGUGUUGUGGAAAUUCUGACAUAUCAUAAAGUUGACAUUGACGGACCAGAAUUUCAGCUAUUUGCGUCAGUCAUGUUUUACCUUGAAAGGAAAUCUUUUGAGUUAUUAUCUGCUCAUCUUCAGCUUGACACUGUGGAACCAAUCAAGAACAUCUCGUCUCAACAAGAACUGGAUUCAUCUGCUCGUGGAAAAAUCAGAUAUGUUGGUGGUUAUGUAGUUGCCAAAUUGAAAUAUAUAACUUCCAAGAAGUUGAGAAAUAAUUUGUUUGCGGAGGGAAUGGAAUAA